CCGCAACACCCCCUUCCGCCACGGAAACUCCUUCUUCCGCCGUUUCGGCGGAAUCCACGACAACAGCCCAGCCACAGCCUGGUCACCCGUGCGCCCUGUUCGCUCGUAGUUCCGGCCAACCCGGGUGGGGGUUGAAGGAGAACCCCGAAUGAGUUGGUGGAAUGUGGGGCUUUCUCCGAGAUGCAGAAGUCUCCUCGGAGUGCAUCAACCGGGGACUGAUGCUGCCGAUGAGCCGAGAGAGUUGGGUCCUGAAGGAGGCCUGCACGAUCGGCAAUUGCACCUUGAAUGACAGUGCGGUAGCUGCGCAAGUCCUUGCCAGCCAUGAGCCGUGCCAAGCUUUUUCCAGACCCCAGUCGAGGCAAAGCUCCAGGCCCAGGACCGGUUCCAGGCCGUCUUCCGUGGGGGGCUGUCGAAAGCCAAAGCGCCCGGCCGCCAGCCUUGCAGAACUCAAGGAGUCUGCCUCAAAUCGGGCGGCCAGCUGGCUGCGCAACUACGCCACCUACGAGCAGAACGCUCAGAUGCUGCAGGUUGCUUUGACCCUGGGAGAUGGUCAGCACUCUUCGUUGCAGAGGACCAACAGUGCCCCUGAACCCUUGCGGCCCUCCUCUGCCACCAAUCGUGGACCUGAUCGUCGUGGGAAGGUCUCAGGUGGGGCGGCGAUGACUUUGCAGCGUCGACAAGGUGGUCAUUUGAGAAGGCCAGGUCCAGGCCUCCGCUGUGAGACCAGCGAGCGGCUGUUGCGCAAGGAGAACGGCUGGCCGGCGCCGUGGGCGGACGGGUCCGUGGCCCACGAUCUGGUGAGGCCGACGACGACUCCCUCGCGGACGAGGGAAAAGAAAAUCGAUGUGAAGGGGACUACCACCGGAGUGGUCCGGGCGGUGGAGUGCGACAAGAAGUUUCAGGCCCAGCUCCUGGAGACCUGGAAGAGGAGUAACGACCUUGAUGAAGCCUCGGAACGUGUUCAUCGUCGACAAGUCUGUCAGUUCUUCGACUUUUUGAAGAGACCGGAUGGCGACAUGGACAUGGAGAGUGCGGUGCUUCCUUACAUCAAUGAGGGCUUUGCCAGCCCUGAGUAUGUGGAGGCCGAGAUUGCUCGGGCGGCUCCCGACAUCCAUGGCAAGGAUAUGCCCCAGGCGGGCGGGGAACUUUCAGCCCUCAAGCAGACGGCCAUCCGUCAGGUGCUGGUCCUUUACAGUCAGGUGGCAAGGCCACAAAAUAUCGGAACACAAGAGGUGAUUUUCCGCUCAGCAUUUUGUCGCUUUAUUUUAGACAGUAAUUUAGUCGCCAUCGAGGCUGAGGACACCGAGCGGCCCACGUAUCACAAGUCGGUCAGACUUUUUGACAACAUUUCCAAGUUCUCUGGUGGGCUUGCGCGCUAUGCCAACAUCGAUCACUGUGUCACUCUGGUGGUGCAGCUGAUGAUGCAGAUCAACAUGCCGGCAGCACUGGCCUGGGAACUCUUCGAGGAAGGCUUGCAGAAGGCGGAGCGCACGGCCGAGGCCCUCCUUCGUGAGACUCAGUCCAAAGCCAGACAGACUGCGGAGGCUCUGGCUGUUGAGACCACUGAGGAGGCCAUUUUGGAGCGGCGCAUGGAGAUCUUUGGGAAGCACGGUUCGCCACCUCAACUCUUCCAGGGGCCGCUCGCCACGUGGACCCGGGGGCUCCGCUUUUGGAUCAACAGCGUGACGACCUCGUGCGAGCCGGAGGCGACCAUGGAGCGGAUGGACCAAGUCCUCGCCUACGAGCAAUAUCUGAGGGACGAGAUUUUGGAGCCUGGGUGCCUCUGUGUGGUCUCGAAGUUCCAGGGUCUCUUUGAGGAGCUGUUUUCCGCGUACUGCUAUGAAGAAAAGACGGCCACAAAGGAGGAUGAGAAUGGCAAAAUCCGACUUGAACCCGUGCAGCACAUGUCCUUUGCCGCCUUCUUCCGCUUCUGCUUGGACUUUUCCAUUUUUCCUUCCUUGAUCUCCUUUGAGGAGGCAUGGCAAGCCUAUAGCAAGGCCGAUUGCGUGCAGCUGCUGGGCUCGAAGGAGAGCCCGUUGAAGGUGAAGCGCUUCAAGAAGGUGGAGGCCAAUCCGAGCAGAGUCUCUGCCAUUCUGGGCUUGAGGAAUAUGGUGAAUCGCAAUCGCAAAGGGUGGGAACGGGAGACGAGCAUCGAUUACGACAAGAAGAGCGAGACCAGUCGCAGUGAGCAGGAAGAGGAGGAGGAAUUGACCUCGGAGUCUGAAAGUAGUGAUGAGGAGGAGGAAGUGCCAGAUGAAGUGGAGCCGCCGACGGCGCCCAGUGCCCUCCUGGAUGCAGGAGGUGAAUCUGGUGGCUCCGCCCUGCCAUCGACGCAGUCCUCCCGACACCCCUCCGUCGGAGCCCAAGAGGGCGAUGCAGAGCAUUUGGCGCCGGUCGUGCGGAAGACGGAAAAGAAGAGUACACUCACUCUACAACAAGAGCGCCACCGUCGUGUUGUGAACGAUUCCGAGGUGGCGGCCGCCAUCCGGAACCACCGGCGCUUGUCCGUGGGGCCGGGCGAUCAUGAGGCGCAGCAGGCGCAGCUUCAGCAGGUCGUUCAACAGAUCAACCACCUUUCCGAGGCGAAAGAUCCUCCGAAGGUGAAGGAGGUCACCAUCCAGCCGGAACCGGAGGUGGCGAAGCUGCCAGAGCCCCCGCGACCGGAGAAGCGCAGCUCCGCGGGACCUCCGAACCUCCACACGCCGCCCAGCCUCGUGCGUGGCGCCUCGCCACGCGGCGUCUCGCCGGCGGCCUCGCCGCGCGUGGUCGCGCCGGCGCCGGUGGUGCCGGUGCCGCACGAGAAGCAGAGGAAGGUGUCGCAGGAGGUCGAGCCGGGACAUCGGCGUGGAUCAGCAGGGAAUCGCUUCCUCAGUGUGCUGGGGGCGUUGGACCCGACUAAGGUGAAGGACCUGAUGAUGGAUUCCCCCGUGGAGCAGCCCAAGAAGGUCGCUCCGCGAGUGAAGUACACCGCGGACUUCUCCUGGCUUCAGAAGCCCUUCCGGGAGAUGACGGACAAGGAAUUGAAGGGCUACUCUUUGCUGAUUGUCGUGGAUGAGUGCUGCAAAGAUCAUUUCCUCAACGUGCGUGGUCUGGUGGCGAAUGGCAAGAUUCAAAGGUCGAGACAGGGCUUGCUGAGCUACAUCGCCUUCAUGGAGCUCUUGAAGAAGUUUCGCAUCACGCACACCUUCGAGACCUCCUCGGAGCUGCAGGAGUUCAUGCGCACCAUCGACCCGUGUUCGGACGGCAUGCUUGAUCCGGUCGAGCUGGAGAAAGCCAUUGCAGCCGUGCGCGAGGACGAGGCGCGGCGACGGCCCAACGCGGCUCCGCGAGGUGGACCCUUUGCCGCGUCGCUGGGUGAAGAGGCUCGCCGGCUGAGUGGCUUGCCUGCGGAGGUGGAUGCAUCUGGGAAAGAGGUGCCUGUGGCUUUCAACGUGGCAGCGUUUGCUGAAAGCCUUCUCCUUCUAGGUCACCACCACAUGCACGGCAGCGGGGCGUUGAUCAAAUGCUGUGCCCCCUCGCCUGCGAAAGCCAUGUACCUCAUCAACUUUCUACACUAUCAGCACGAUCGCUUGGUGAAGACCCAUAUCCAGCAGCGGGAAGAGGCCAUCACCGUGGGAGCUGAGCAGGCUGCCACCGUGCUGGUGCGGCCACGUAGCCCACCUCUCGCCUCAGAGAAGGAGGGAGAGAAGAGCAACGCGCUGACCCGGAUGAUCGGGGCGGCACGCAAGGUGCAACAAGGCAUGCGUGACAUCCGCGCCGGGCAACACCGGAAUGCGGUGCUGGCUGUCCUGGAGCCCCCAGAUGUGGUGGUGUCGCCGGUGGAGAGCCACGGCAGUCGGACCGGUGCGACCGAGUCCAAGAGCGAGGACGCAGGACCAAGCAGACCUCCAUCACCCUCAAGUCGCAAGACACCUUCACCACGAGGCUUGCAUCAGGAGCAUUGGCCGGACGGGGCAUCUUAUGUCACCGUUUCUCAGCAGCUGCUCAAGGACAAGCAGGAGAUCUUCAAGCGCUGGAUGGACGGCGAGGGGAAGCUUCCGCAGUUGAGCCCGUGGUUUAGGCGCGAAAACCGUGGUCAUGAGGAAUAGAGAGGGAAAAGGAGCUGUCUAUGAUGGUGAACUGAGACUAAAAACUCUCAGGCACAACAAGUCUUCGAAUCCUGAAAACAAGUCUUCGAAGCCUCACCCCACAUCGCCGUCCUCCCGUCUGCUGCGCAGUGAAUCCAACCAGACCUGCUCGAAGUGCAAGCGGAAGCGAGACUCGCAUGGCAUUGGCAAUGCCACGUGGCAGAACUGGAUGGAACGGCGCUCGCUCGCACGAAAAGCAAAGAACUACCCGGGACCCUACUCCAUGUUUGGAUUGUUCAUCAGACAUUCCUAUAGUAUAUAGACCUUGACCUUACUAUAUAAGUCUCUAUUCGUGGUGUCUUAUUGCCUGGUGGACACUUUCUUAGUCCAUCUGAGUUGGACUCUUCGCCUCAGGUCUUCUGCCACGUCUGUAGCUGCGUCGAUUCCAAGCCGCUGAACGAGACUAUCCUGUGCGCCGUUUUUCCAACAAAGAAACGCACGUGAGGAGUGGUGAUGGUGGCAUCAGUCACUUAAAAAGAACAUGAUGGACGGGACCCCUACGAAAUUGGACCCGUGAACAGGAAGGGACCCAUGCACCAAGGAUUGAUUCCGCCAGUGUUGGGAGAGCCCCUUUCUGAAUCCAAUGGCCCAAAAGGUGUGUGACUUGUCUUUGCACGUGCUCUGCCACACAGCUCAUUCAGCGAAGUGUUGGUUUUCAAGACAGCAUGAUUUUUUUCCAUGAAUCCACGAGAGGAAGAAAGAGCCGACGCUGCAAAAACGGCGUAUGCCUUUCGAUUUGUUGUGGUGACUCUCCAGGUUCCCAGUGAUGGAACGUGCAAGGCUACGACGCAAGAUGGGGUCGCAGGUUGCGCGACCUCCAGAGAAGCCGGCACCCACGCGAGCGAACCUCCGUGCGCCCGAUGCGUCCUCGCAGCGCAGCGGAAGCAAUCACAGCAAUUGAGUUGGAGCAGUUCCGCCAUGCCUCCGUUUUGCCCCACAACAGCUUCCGGGCCGGGGAUGGGGGCAUUUCCCCGCGACCCCCGGGUC